GCAUCUUACAUUCGGUUCACUCUAGUUCCCUCACUCACACGACGGUAAGCCAAAAUAAUACUUCGUGAUGCGCGUCGUCGUCUUCGGCGCAUCGGGCGUCCAGGGCCGCCACCAAGUCCACGUUCUCGCGCGAGCAGGCCACUCGGUCGUCGCCGUGAGCCGCAACCCGCAACCACUUCUAGUCGACGAGAAACCUGUCGAAACGUUUGCUGCAGAUUUCUCCAAUGAAGAUGCCAUGGAAAAAGUACUUCAAGGCGCAGACAGGGCGUUUGUCAAUCUCCCAUCAACAUCUUUCAAUAAAUUCGAGCCCAUCAUUGCCGCGACGAAACACAUUGGUGAAGCCGCAAAAAAGGCCAAUGUCGCAUUGAUACUGUUCAACACCAGUAUGCCGGUUCCCAAGACGCCGCAGGACAUCGUAGCCCAGGAUGAUCGAAGAGAAAUGAGGACGCUGUUACGAGAAUACGUUCCGGUUAUCAGCAUCGAGCCUGUGGUUUACCUGGAUAAUCUGCUCGAGGGCUGGGCCUUGGCUCCAAUUCGCGAUCAAAACACGGUCGUCUACUGUCACAAGCCCGACUUGCGCGUAUCAUGGAUUUGCCACCACGAUGUCGCGCAAAUCAUGAUGGCAGCCAUGCAUCGUCCCGAUCUUGCGGGGCGCGACAUUCCUGUUGGCGGUCCUGAAACGGUUGUGCUUUCCCAGCUCACGGCGAAACUAUCGAGGGCCUGGGGAAGGGAACUGAGCUACGAAAAUCAAACCGUGGCGGACUUUUGCGACAAGAUUAGCAAGACGAUGGAGGGGAGAGGGUUGGAGACUGAGACGGUCGUGAGUCAGAUGUUCAAGGCUUACACGUAUUACAACGAGGCAGACGACGAGCCGUUCAACAUUGACAUGAAGCCUGUGGUGGACGAAUUGGGUGUGAAACUGACGCCUAUUGAGGAGUGGGCUAAGAGAAGAAGUCCUUGGGAUGAUAAAGGGUACUACUAGCAUGGUGAACAGAUCCAGAUGUAUUCUACAGCUAAAUACACGUAUCAACAAGCUGAACAUCG